AUGUCAAAACCAGUCCUCAUCGUUAUCGGCACCGGUUGGGGAGGUUUCACCCUCACCCAGAAGGCCUCGCUGGCCAAGUACGACGUCAAAGUCAUCUCUCCCAUCCGCACGAUCCAGUACACGCCGCUGCUCGCCAGCGCCGCCUGCGGCCUCUUCGACUUCCGCCUCGCCGAGGAGCCCGUCCGCCGGAAGCACAGGGCCAAGCAGGCGUACUACAAUGUCAUCGCCGAGGACAUUGACUUUGAGCGGCGCGUCGUCCGGUGCAAGACCGACCCGCCGACGACGACGCCGGCCUCCUUCGAGAUCCGGUACGACAAGAUCUGCAUCGCGCCGGGUUGCGCGACGCAGGACUUUGGCACGCCCGGUGCAGCGGAGCAUGCCGUCUUCCUCCGGACGACAGAUGACGCCCGCGCCAUCCAGCGGCGCAUCCUGCAGAUGCUGGAUACGGCCUCGCUCCCGACCAUGGCGAACAGAGCGCAGGACCGGCGCGACAGCCUCAACAUCCGCAUCGUCGGCGGCGGUGCCGUGGGCCUCGAGGCCGCCGCCGAGCUGUGGGACCUGUGGUUCGAGGAGCUGCGCUUCCUUUUCCCCCACCUAGACGGCGAGCUGACCAUCACCAUCCACGACGUGGCGCCGACGAUUCUUUCGACAUUCGAUGCCCGGCUGAGCGAGUACGCGACGCGCUCGCUCGAGGGCAAGCAGGUCCGGAUUAUGACGAGCUCGCACAUCGAGCGUGUCGAGGCGGACGCCAUCUACACCAAGGAGGACGGCCGCCUGCCGUACGGCCUGCUCAUCUGGGCGACGGGGAACAAGGCCAGUCCUCUGGUGGACCGGCUGCCGGUGAAGAAGCCCGAGCAUGGGCUGCCACGCAUCCUGACCGACAAGUACCUCCGUGUGCUACGGCCCGACGGGAGCCCGAUGGAAGACGCCUACGCGCUGGGGGAUGCCGCCGACAUCGAGGGGGAGUCGCUGCCGACCCUGGCUGAGGUGGCCCUGCAGAAGGGCGAGUACCUGACCGGCGUGCUCAACUCGGACGACGACAGCGUCCGGCCAGCGCCGUUCAUCUACAAGCAGCGGGCGCUGCUAGCGUACCUGGGCCGCCACGACGGCGUCAUCGCCGGCCGGCAGGAGUGGACCGGCGCCAGCGCGUGGAUCGCCUGGCGGUCGGGCAGCCUGGGGUGGACGAGGAGCUGGAGACGAAAGAUCAUGAUUGCCAUCUACUGGGCUUUUGUCUGGGUAGCUGGCAGAGACAUUGCGAGGCCGUAG